AGACAAUUGGUGCAUCUCAAAUGACAAAAGUCAUUUUGCCAUGUUGGAAGACACUACUUUGGAGGAAGACCUCUGGGAAUAUAAAUCCAAAAGAAAACCAAAACCAGUGCACUCAAACAACUAUUCUGGGAAUAUUCCAAAAUCUGUGACAAAGACAAGAGAUGGGCCAAACCAAUCAAAAAGAAAGAGAAAUAAAAAAAGCAGAGUUGAUGUCCAAGAGACUUUAGUGGUCCCCGAAAUGUGCCUGGAAAAAACGGCUAGUCAGAAUUCAAUAGCUUCUGGUCAGAACUGUAGUGGUGAAGACAGCAUCCCACAGUCUCAGGAUGAGGUGACCACCCCAGGAAAACGCCUUCGUACACCCAGGAACAAGCAGAGAUUACCAAAAUGUCGUCCAGUUUAUGACGGAUACUGUCCCAACUGCCAAAUGCCCUUUUCCUCAUUGCUAGGUCAGACUCCUCGAUGGCACACUUUUGAGUGUUUGGAUUCUCCACCCACCUCUGAAAUAGAGUGCCCAGAUGGUCUUCUAUGUACCUCAACAAUUCCUUCUCAUUACAAGAGAUACACUCAUUUCCUGCUCGCUCAGAGUAGAGCAAGUCGUAGUCCUCCCGGCAGCCCCUGGCGCCCAGCUGCUGGUACUUUCAGUCAGACUGACUCGGGCUUGCCUUGUAGCCCCGAGGAAAAAUGGUCCCCGUGUCAGAAACCAACCGAAGAUCUCAAAAAUUUCCUAGCUACUCCUUCACAGGUAGCCCCAGCAUGCCUAAGAAAAGGUCUGCCUUCCACGGAGAUUUCCACUUUGAUGAACAACACAACGUCCCAAGAAGUCCCACCACUUACAGAACAUGUUAAUAAUGACAAACUGGGAGGAGGAGAGAGUUUGUUUCUUGCUGAGGAAUUAGACAGCCAACACAGCUCAGAACGAAUACAUGUGUCUUUGCCAGAAAAUGAUGAGAGCAAUGAUGGAAUCUCCUAUUCACCUCUUCUAAGUGAUGAGGAAAGUGAUGGGAUCACUGUUGUGGAUGAUUCCCAGCAGGAACUGAUUUUUACGCAGAGUUCUAAAGAUGACAGCCUAGGAGAAGAUGACCGUUCUUCUUUGGUUAAAAAUUGUCCUUGUCCCUUAAUACUGAGCCAGGAGGAGAACCAUCCAGAAGUGAAUAGCUUGUUCAUUCAGAAUGAAUGCAGUAAAGGCUUGCCUGAGUACAGCACUCACAGGGACUCUUCUCCACUACUUUUCCAAAGUGAGAGUCUUUCUUCAUGUCAUGAUCCAGCAGAUAUGGAGGAGGAUUUUCUGUCAUUACCAGCGGCCUUAGUUCAGGGUCUUAGUUCUUAUUAUCAAGACACUCAAGAAAAAUUUGCUGAACCAGAAUUUCAGUCAUCUCAAUCAAAUAAACAGAAACAGCUAACUGAAGUAUCAGCUGACGACAAUCAGCUUUCUCUUCCCUUACUUAAGGGUGAAAUGUUAAAAGGAUCUGAUAGCCAGAGAGGAGGGGGUCUAGUUUUCCCUCUCACCCAAAGCAGAGUUAGGGAGAUUCCAAGUCAGCCCUUUAAUGUUAGGAAUAAUACUACAGCCUCAACAUGUUCCUGCAGAAAGGCACCAGACAGUGUUCAGAGCAAGAACGGCCCAGCCUUAAAUAGAGAGACAUUUCCCAACACACCUACUGCCUCUAAGUCUCUGCAAACAGUGUACUCUGGUUCCAAGUGUAAGGCAGUAACCAACUCAUCUACCAAGGCAAUGAAGCAAAUGGAUAUCGGUGUAUAUUUUGGGUUACCACCCAAAAAAAAGGAAGAGCAAGUGCCAGGGGACAGUGUCUUUGAGGGGAAGAACUCAAACCCAGUUGUGAGUCCUAGGAAAAAGGGAUCUCAGCAACACAAGAGGAAAGCAGAAAAAUCAUUGAGUGAUGUAGAAUCUGAAGGAAAGACUUUAAAUGGAAGUUGCCUGGAAUUACCUAGUCAGAGGUCACAGCAUCAAAGAAAGAGACGGAAAAAAUCAGAUUCAGUCCAAGGAAGAGAUUCUCAGAAGACAGACCUAAUGAACGAGACAGAGUUGGAAGCUGUCCAUUUAAGCCAAGACAAAGCCCUGAUAAAAUCAACUGGUGGCAGAAUGCAGAGAAGAAACAUGAAAGCUCCAGAGUCAUAUAAUGCGGGAGAAUUAAGAAAAAGGACAUGUCCUUUCUAUAAGAAAAUACCUGGAACUGGCUUUUCAGUGGAUGCAUUUCAGUAUGGACCGAUUGAAGGCUGCACGGCCUAUUUCCUCACACACUUCCAUUCCGACCACUAUGCUGGCUUGUCCAGAACCUUCACCUUUCCAAUUUAUUGCAGCCAGAUAACUGGCAAUUUGUUGAAGAGCAAACUUCAUGUGCAAGAACAAUAUAUCCAUGCGUUGCCAAUGAACACAAAAUGUAUAGUGAAUGGUGUCAGUGUUGUUCUACUUGACGCUAAUCACUGUCCAGGUGCUGUCAUGAUCCUUUUUCAUCUUUCCAAUGGCCACGUCAUCUUGCACACGGGUGACUUCCGAGCUGACCCCACCAUGGAACGCUCUCUGCUUGCAGACCAGAGAAUCCACACACUUUAUUUAGAUACCACCUACUGCAGCCCAGAGUACACCUUUCCAUCUCAGCAAGAGGUUAUCCAGUUUGCCAUCAACACUGCCUUUGAGUCAGUAACUCUAAACCCACGGGUGCUGGUUGUCUGUGGCACUUACUCUAUUGGAAAAGAGAAAGUCUUCCUAGCCAUUGCUGAUGUUUUAGGUUCAAAGGUGGGAAUGUCCCAAGAAAAAUACAAAACAUUACAAUGCCUCGACAUACCAGAAAUGAAUUCUCUCAUCACAACUGAUCUGAACAGUUCCCUGGUUCACCUUCUCCCAAUGAUGCAAAUUAAUUUUAAGGGCUUACAGAAUCAUUUGAGGAAGUUUAAUGGCAAAUAUGAUCAGAUUUUGGCUUUUCGACCUACGGGAUGGACACAUUCUAAUAAGUUAACUAGUAUAGCCGAUGUUACUCCUCAGACCAAAGGAAACAUUUCAAUAUAUGGAAUUCCUUACAGUGAGCACAGCAGCUACGUGGAAAUGAAGCGUUUUGUUCAGUGGCUCCAGCCAAAGAAAAUCAUACCAACAGUGAAUGUGGGCACUUUCAAAUCUAGGAGCACCAUGGAGAAAUAUUUCAAAGAAUGGAAAUUGGAAGCUGGAUAUUAAUGUCACCUGAUUGGCUUUAGAAAUGAUUAAGUAACAUUGGUAUAGCUUUUUAGCAGUUAAACCUGUGUUGAUAGGUAACAGAGAAAAAUCCUCAGGAAGUUCUCAUUGGGUGGUUCUCACUCACAUUUGAGGGCUGUAGUCACAGCGCUACCAAGCUGGUCUCCCCAAGGAGAGACAGUUUCUUUGUCCUCCCAUAGGGCACAUAAGCUCUGCCUUUCAGUGUUAGGAGAGGAAACAAAGAGAGCUCUAGGACCAAAAGUAUCCAUAGUAUUAACUAAAUGAGAUGGAAUGCAUCAUAUAAAUAUAUGUAAGUACUUGUGAAUCUUUUCAAGUAAUUUUACAUGGGAAAUAAUUUCAUGCAAUCAAAAUUUUAUAAUAUGUACACUUAAAAUAAAAAUCCGUUUUUAA